AUGGCAAGCUUGGACAAGCAAUCGUCAAUCGACGCAACCCUCCGCAGUCUCAGUGACAGGCCCAAUGUCGAGUCUACCCUGAUUCUUUCACGGAAAGACGGAUCGAUCAUAAAGACUACAGGCUUCACCUCCGCCGAAAAGCGACGAAGAGCGCAGUCAACUGCUGCCUACCAAGCGGCAGAAUCGCCUGCGCAAGUCAAGGAUGCCGACGCUGGCAAUGAAGAGGCUAUCGCCGAACAGGAGAAGUUUUCGCCUGCAGAGGAGCUAGCCGCCUCCAUCUUCCAGUUCAUGAAAGCCGCUGGAACACUCGGCACUACACUGACGGCUGUAUCCGCCGGGCAGGACGGAGAAGACAGCAACACACUACGUCGACCAGAGUCGGGGCGUGCGCCGGAUACCGACGGUACCACAGAAGAGUCUGAGGCUCGACGAAUAGACUCGCAAGUGCAGCUACUGCGUUUGAGGGUCAAACACCGCGAAAUCAUCAUCUUUCCAGAUCCACACUACCUCUGCUGCGUGGUGCAAAGAAUUGGGAAGCAGGCUGGUUCAGACCAUCGUUGA